AUGAUAUUUACUUCGCAAAGAGUCCUUUGGAAAUUGUUUCCCCGACUUUCACACGAUAAAGUGAGGUGGAUGCGGCUUUACUGCACGGCGGCGUUCGGCCUAGGGGCCGCAGCCUGCACCUGGGCAGGCCAGCAAGACUACAGCUCGAAGCCGAGCCGGACCACUUUCUUUUAUCGACAGCACUUAAAGCAUCUUCACAAAACCAAAAAAAUCAGCGACGAGAAGUACGCGCGGCUGCUGACGGGCGUGGACGCCUGA